ACCCCAUUCUUUUGUCCCCUUUUUCACAGCUUCAUUCCCUGGCUUCCCAUGGCUUCUCCGUUUCACCUUCUUCUCUUCUUUUCUUUCCUUUCCUCCCUGGGAAACACAUUCCCUGUUCUGGGUUUUCACUCGAAUUCCGUUUUCUUUCCUGUUAUAAAAGAUGCAGCGACUCUCCAGUAUGUUGCUAGGAUUUCUCAUGGCACUCCGUCGAGACCCAACAACCUUGUUGUUGAUCUUGGCGGUCCGUUUCUUUGGAUGGAUUGCGAUGCGGGACACGUGUCGUUGUCAAACAGGUUGAUCUCAAGCUGCUCUGUCAACUGCUCGAAAGCAAAAUUCCAUGACCAUGGAAGUAAGAGUACGGGCGGUUGCCUCUUUAACACCAACUGUAACGUGUUUCUGUACAAUGGCAUAACCGGAUUGACCGCGAAGGGGGAACUAGUGGAGGAUAUCAUAGCCGUUGAUUCUGUUGGCCGGUUAGAGGUAGGCCAAAUCCAAACUGUUGAUACCUUUCUCUUUUCUUGUGCACCAACCUUUCUUUUACAAGGCUUGGCCAGUGGUUCGAAGGGAACGUUAGGCCUAGGGAAAGCUUCAAUUUCACUGCCGUCACAACUCAGUUCUUCAAUUGGGCACCCUCAAAAGAUUUUUCUUUGCUUAUCAUCAUCUGACGGUGUCGUAUUAACCGGCAAUGGGCACCCCCUUUUCGGCACCAAAAUAACAAGGUCGCUAGUAUAUGCACCCCUGAUUACCAAGCAACAUGAUUACUUCAUCAACGUCCAAUCCAUCAAGAUCAAUGGGAAGAGAUUAGCCGUUGAUAAAUCGAUGUUAUUAGGGGAUGAAGAAGGCAAAUUAGGGACAAAAUUAAGCACAAUCGUGCCAUACACCACAAUGAAGAGCUCCAUUUAUGCUAUAUUUUCCAAAGCUUAUGGCAAGGCUGCUGAAUCCAUGAAUAUGACAAGGGUGGCAGCCGUGGCUCCAUUUGAGUUGUGCUUUAGUUCUAAAGGGGUAGAAAACACAAUUCUUGGCCCUUUGGUGCCUGAAAUUGAUCUAGUUUUGCAAAGUGAGAUGGUGAAGUGGAGAAUUCAGGGGAGGAAUUCAAUGGUGAAAGUGAGCAACCAAGUGAUGUGCUUGGGGUUCUUGGAUGGGGGCUUGGAACAGAGUAGCUCGAUUGUUAUAGGAGGGCUUCAAUUGGAGGAUAAUCUUUUGGAGUUUGAUGUUGGGAGUUCCAUGCUAGGGUUUAGCUCCUCUUUGCUGUUGAAGGAAACAACUUGUUCUACCAUCAUCCAAGAUUCCAAGCUGAAGCAAUGUAUCUGAUUCUAUUAUCUUCCGCUUCCUCUGUUUGUUUUUUGAUUUUGUAAAGGCAAGCGUUGUAGAGCAUGAAUAGUAUUAAUGAGAAGAUAGUACUCUUAACUUUGAAUAUUAACAGUUUUGUUCAA